UAAUAGUUGGUAUAACGGUCGGAUCGUUGGUUGGUCUCGGCAUGCUCAUAUCACUGAUCGUGCUUGUGUGCUUUCUCUGUAAGAGGAAGGGGCCAAGUGGUGGACAUAUUCUGUACUCUUCAGGAAACAGGAUAGCAAUCCAACCAUCUACCCCCCAACCAGGACCGGCGUGUCCUCCAACUCAACAACAACAACAACAACAACCGGUGUACGUACUCUCUGGCCAAGCAGUGGAUUACCAUCCUUCUCCGACUACACACCAAAUACCCGGACAAAGCUCGGCGUACCCUCAGCCUCCCCAACCUGCGACUACACACGAGAUACCCGGACAAAGCUCGGCGUACCCUCAGCCUUCCCAACCUCCAACUACUACCCAAAUACAGCAGUAGUAGGAUACUAGCACACCACAAGCUGACAUCUUAACACGGCUCAUAUGAACAAGACCAAGCAUCUAUAUAGACACCGCCGUUCUAAGAUCGACAUUAGUUGUACAACUUAGUUUCAAUUAUUUUAACGGUUUAUUUUUGAAGAAUAAAUACAUUUAUCAUUAAUCUAUUUAAAAGUUAUUUUCAGAAUUUGAGAGAUUGUGCUUAGCCAU